CUCAAAUCGUGGGAUUCCAUUUGGAAAGACGGUCUCACGCUUGCUCUUCGCACCCUCAGGCUCACUCAACUCGCUUCCCUCAUUCCCCUCAUGUCGUCGGAUUACGUCGAGGCGCGGGUGGCCUUGCAGCGUAGAGUGCGACGCCGACGGCCAUGGCUGGACGCGGCACAAACACCGUUCCGCGACGACGCGCCGAUGGUUGGGCCGCCCGGGACGACUGCCGCAGACUUCGAGAUGCCCCGGUUGCGGCGCUGCCCUUUCAACUUGGACAGUAUGGUCUGGGAAGCCUGCGUGGGCGGCGGCGUGGAUGGCUAUGUUUGGAAAGUCCGCUUCGGAGCCCAGGGGCCUUUUGUGUGGAAGGUGGUAACUGGUACAAAGUCUCCCUGGCCCAAGAGAAACUGGCUUCGCUCAUCAACCAUCGCUUGCGUCCAGUUCUGGGAUGCCGAGCCCGUCGACUUUCCCACUUACUAUGUCCCGCAGCGAGAAUGCCAGAAUGCCGCCCUCCCCCAGAUGAUGCAAACCGCGGUGGACCAGACGGCCGCAGCCUCUCGUCCCAUCUUGGUCAACGCUAAGCCGAUAACUUGGGACGACGCGGUCGCCAACCUCGCCGCCUUUUCUGACGAGGCGCGUCUGAAGCAGCUGUCGCCAGCCGAUCACGGCUCAGUGCCGCCUCCAGGGCUCCGACAAUUAUCGACCAUGCCACGUAUGAAGAGAUGCUACGGCUGGCUAACCAUCCCUGGCAAGGUAUUCCAGGAGCUGCACUGGUCACUCCGGCCGCCCCCGGUUCAGGUGCACAGGAUCAAACGUUACCUAGCACCUGACCAGGAAUACAUCGCUAUUGUCUACGAGUAUGUCGAGGAAGGCAAAAACGACCCAGACACAAUCCAGAAGGCGAUGGAUUUCUUUUGGCUUGCCGGAUCCAGCCGCACCUUCUCGCCCCUCCUAGAGAACUGGAAAAGCGGAGUGCUCGUGGAUUUGUCCGACAUCGUUCCUCCCCGCGGAUAUGGCUGGCAAGAAGGACUCUACCAAGACGGAUCAGGGUCGGCAUAUAUCCUGAUAAAACAACGUUCUGAGCUGCAAGGCGCUGUCGCACUUGGACAUAGCAGGCCGAUACCCUCCGCCGGACGGCCACGGGCAUCGCCGCAGCCUCCGCCAUCCAUUAAUGUCAACGCAGGCUCCGAUUGACAGUUCCCGACUCCGCGCUCGUUUGUACUUGAUGAUCGGGUCAAGGAAGAUCUCCUGGAAAACGUCCGCGAGUUUCUCGACCAGUUUCUCGAGAACAGCACCACGGUCCAUACAGGCGGUUUGUGGAUGACGAUAUCUACAACUUCGACGA